UAUAUGUGCAAGAAUGUUCUUGCUGCUCACAUUUCAAUCAACAACAAAUAACAGUAAACCGCGGAGCAAGGUCCACGUCGGCAACGCCGACCCCCCCUAGUAGGCCUAGUUCCCUGGCACGGAUGCUUUGGGAAUCAAGUUGAACCCAUCUGGACUGGUUCCGGCUUUCAGGUGACGUUCGCAAGAGCUUGUUUACUGCUUUGCUGUCUAGGAGAGCCUCUUCAAACCUGCUUACUAUUACUAUGGCUCUGCAACGCCUGCGACAGCUUUCCUCGCAUCUUACGGGUGCCCCAUCUACGGGCUUGACUGCUUUGGAGCAGAAACAUCCAGAUGAUGUCGUCAUAACAAUGGCCAUCCGUUCUCCACUGACCAAAGCGAGGAAAGGUGCUCUGAAAGACACGAUGACGGACGAGCUUUUGCUGGAGAUGUUCAAGCAUGCAAUAGCUCAGUCUCAUGUCGAUCCAUGUGUUGUUGGUGACAUCUGUGUAGGCACAGUGCUCACCCCCGACCCGGUUUAUCAUGCCAGAGAAGCGGCGCUGGCAGCUGGUUUCCCGGAAUCCGUACCAAUUCAAGUCGUCAACCGCUUCUGUUCCUCCGGUCUCAUGGCAGCAACUGUCAUCUCAAAUCAAAUCCGCUCUGGUCAGAUCGAGAUUGGACUUGCUGUCGGUGCUGAGUCCAUGACCCAAAACCCUGACAAAGGUGCUCCUCCUCAGUCCGAGGCUCUUGGAGUAAACGCUGCUGCUAAGGACUGUCUUCAUCCCAUGGGUUGGACCAGCGAGAAUGUUGCUCAAGAUUUUGAUAUCUCGCGGGAGGUUAUGGACGAAUACUCGGCAAAAUCAUAUCAACGAGCUGAAUACGCUGAGAAAGCCGGUUACUUCGCAAAGGAGAUUGUUCCAUUCACUGUUUACGAGAAAGAUCCUACCACUGGUGAACGGAAGAAGAUUGUAGUUACAAAGGACGACGGCAUCCGUUACGGGACGACAAAGGAGGCACUUUUGAAGAUUCGGUCAGCGUUCCCUCAGUGGGGAAAAUCAUGCACGACGGGUGGAAACGCAAGCCAAAUCACUGAUGGUGCAGCAGCAAUCAUGAUGAUGACUCGGCGUAAGGCGGAUGAGCUUGGGCUUAAAAUUCUAGGCAAGCAUAUCACUACCGCAGUUGCAGGCUGCCCUCCUCGUGUGAUGGGCAUUGGCCCCGUGUUUGCCAUCCCCAUGGUUCUUCAAAACGCUGGACUGAGCACAGAAGACGUUGACUUAUAUGAAAUUAACGAAGCAUUUGCUUCGCAGUACGUCUACUGCAUCCGGGAGCUUGGUCUAAACCCAGAGAAAGUGAAUGUUAACGGAGGUGCCAUAGCCUUUGGCCACCCAUUAGGUUGCACCGGUGUGAGACAGAUCGUCACUGGAUUAAAUGAGCUCCAUCGGAGAAAGGGAAAAGUGUUGGUCACUUCUAUGUGUAUUGGGACUGGAAUGGGUGCAGCGGCGAUCUUUGUUCGGGAGGUCUGAAAUUUUUUUGUAUGUAGAGUCUAGACGGUAUCUAUGGGUUAGGCUACAGCCGUGAUGCCGUUGUCUAAAUUUGUAUUAUAUUAAAGCAUGCAAGUGUCUUCUUGUCGUUCCUAUUCUCACCUUCAA